AUGUUUAAGACGUCUUAUAACUUAUACGAUUUGAACUAUCCAACAAACAAUUCAUUGACGCCAAUAAGAGACUACAAUAAUGAUCAUUUUCAUAAAAAUGAUGAUAAAUUACCAGAAAUAGUCAGAAACCCCACGAGAAAGUUGUCCAAAUGUGAAAACAAGGUCGAUGAGAAGAAAUACACAAAUAAACGGCCGGCAAGCCUCGACUUGCAUUCCAUAGUAGACAACCUAAGUAGUAAAAAAGUUUACUCCCCUAUCAAUACAGAAAUUUUUCAAAAUGUGGUCAGAUUGAAUAUAAGCCCUCAAUUGGCGAACUCUCCCUAUGAGGGAUGCAAAUUUUAUAAAGUGGUACAGGAGCUCUAUCUUUCUGAGGUUGAAUACCAUGAUAAUCUAUUAAUUGCAAAUAAUGUAUACAGAAGGGCAUUGAACAUCGAUCCAAGAUUUAAGAAUAAACUAAUCAAACCUAAUUCAAAUGACGAGUUAUUACUUUUUGGUAAUAUUGACACUAUUGCUUCAAUUAGUAAAAUAUUGGUUUCAACAAUAAGGGAGUUACUUUUGAUCAAGCAAGGUGGGGAAAUUUUGGACCAAAAAAAAUGGAAAUUAAUAAUCACUGAAAAUGAGGUACAACAGCGGUUAUAUUCGACUUUUGACAUUUCGGAGGCUUUUGAACAACAUUUGCUAAGGAUUAAGUCAACGUAUACAAGUUAUUUUGUUAGUCAUCAAAAACAAAUGGAGCUCUUCGCUACAUUAAGGAUGAAUAAAAAUCAUCUUUUUAACAAGUGGUAUGAACAUUGCUUAAAAGAAAGUGGAUGCAUAAAAUUAGAGGACAUAUUGAAAAGCCCAAUGAAAAGAUUGAAUCGAUGGAUUGAUAUUUUGGAAACUUUAGAAAGCUGUUUUGAAAAUGCAAUUUCAUCGCAAUUAGGUUCUAAACUACUUCCAACCAGAAGAAAAUACUCUUUAUUUUCCAAUAAGUUAGACACCGAGGUCUCUGAAUACAAGAGUAACUCCAUGUAUAAUUUCAGUUUAACGCCAUCAGAGAUCAUACAAAGUUACGAUGAAGGCCAGUUUACACAUCUUCUGAAGCUCCCGGAUAUCCAAAAGAAAAAUAAAUGCAAUUCCUCUGGACAAGAAAGUGAUUUUGAAAAUAGCAGAGUUACUUCUCUUCUCUCCGGCUCAUCCAGUUACUACUCGGACGUAUCUGGUCUAGAAAUUCUUACCAAUACCUCAGGUACAUCAGUUGAAAAAACUACUUUAAAAAUAGAUGAUGAAACAGAAUUUUUUACUCUGUCAGACCAUAUUAGUAAAUUCAAAAGAGUAAUGAAAAAUGUAAUAGAAUUGCGAAAACAUUUAUCAAAAAACAAUUUUUCAAGCAUCAUUAAUUCUAGUUUGCAAAGAAUAAAUGCAUGGAAAGAAGUUAUUGAAUGUGAAUGCCCUUCAGGGGCCUUCUUUGAACACGAUAACCUAAUCUCCACCAUGUGUUCAUCGUACAUAGAUAAACUUCAUGAACAGAAAAAUCAAGUAACAAUUCUGAAGCUUACAGAGCUUGAAACAGAUGUAAUGAUCCCACUUUCAAAGAUUUUAGCCCAUUGCAAUACCGUUAAAAGCAAACUGAAGGAUUUACAAGCUUUAAAGAAAGAUUAUAUGUUAUUUUUACAAGAAAAGAAAGCAAACGUGCGGGAUGUAAAACGUGACUUAUUGGGGAUGCAUUUCCAGAACUUGCAAAAUCAAAUGAAAAGAGAGUUGCCAGUCUUUGUUACUUUGAUUCACAAUACUGUUGAGUGUAUCUUACUGAAUUAUAAUAAAAUAUUUCUAAAAUAUUUAGAAAUAAUUGCUGGUGGAAAAAAAUACCUGCAGAAAGAUCUUGAGAACAUGUCUUUGAAUGACUCUAUAGGUACAGGCCUCAUUAAAAAUCUUGAUAUUUUGCAGUGCUAUUCCAAAUCACGAUACAUGACCAAACGCAUGGUAAGAAAGGAUUGGCCUUUCCCUGGAGAUCCUAGUGGAAGCCGAGUUGUCAGAAAACUAUUUGAACUUUAA